AGAAACCUUGCUGGGAGAUGGGCAAUUGCCUUCACUCCCUCCCUUUCUUGGGAACACGAUUUGUGGCUGGCCGAGAUGCCUGGGAUGAAGAGAACCAUGAGCAGUGAAUGUUUGCUGCCUUAUUACACUGCCCACAGUUACCGAUCCAUGGGCGUGUUCAACACCUCCAUGGGAAACCUACAACGACAGCUGUACAAGGGAGGAGAGUAUGAUAUUUUCAAGUAUGCACCAAUGUUUGAGAGCGACUUUAUCCAGAUUAGCAAAAGAGGAGAGGUGAUUGAUGUUCACAACCGCGUCCGAAUGGUGACUGUGUGCAUCGCAUCUACCAGCCCAGUCCUUCCACUGCCUGAUGUCAUGUUGCUGGCCCGACCAGCUAAAGUUUGUGAAGAACAUGCCAGACGAGCCCGAAUCAUCAAGGGGAAAGGUUGCAAGCCUUCAAAGACUUUAGAGCUCACCAGGCUGCUUCCUUUGAAGUUUGUCAAGAUCUCUGUUCAUGAUCACGAGAAACAACAGCUGCGCCUGAAGCUUGCCACAGGCCGAACUUUUUACCUGCAGCUGUGUCCCUCUUCUGAUGCACGAGAAGACCUCUUUUGUUAUUGGGAAAAGCUUGUCUAUCUCCUGAGGCCACCAAUGACCAAUUGCAUCAGUAACUCAACGCUUCCCACUGGUGAGACAAGCGUUGACACCAAAAGUACACUUGUCUCAGAGAUCCGUGGAGAAGGGGAUCAGAAUUCUAGGCCUCAAUCAUCUCCAACUCUGUCAGAAGCCACUUCUGCUGCAUUUGCAGGAGGAGAGAGGACACAACCGGCUGCUGCAGCUGCUGUUACUCCAGUAUCUGCCAAAGCAAGGGCGGCAGGGGUGGCAGGGGCAGCAGCAGGGACGGCAGGGGCAACAGCAGGGACGGCAGGGGCAACAACAGGGACGGCAGGGGCAACAGCAGGGACGGCAGGGGUAACAGCAGGGAUGGCAGGAGCAACAGCAGGGACAGCAGCAGAGACAGCAGGAACAGCAGCAGGGACAGCAGGGGCAGCAAGGGCAGCAGGUGGCCCCAUGGCUGCAGCAGUAACAGCCCCCUCGGCAGGUAUGACAAAAGCGGAGACAGCUACAAGUCCGACUUCAGGUGUCAUAAGCCUGGCAGCAGCAACAACCAAGCCUCCAGGUUCAGGCCAGGUAGCCGCAGCCAUGGUAGGAUCAGCUGCCAAAGAUCAAGUAGGAGGUGAAUCCAGCAAGGCCAUGGCACUUGUUGCAAACAUUACCUUAGAAAGUGUAGACGUGGCCUUGGCAGGAGCUGCCAAUUCUAUUUCGGAGUCCCCUCCUGCAGGGGGUGAUGCUAGUGGCUCCCCAGACACCGGCCUGAACGUAGCAUUUGCAGGCAGCAUCAAGACCAAGGGGCCUGCUGAAAAGAAACCUGAAGCUCCCCUCGUGUCAACCUUGCAGAGUGAAGGCUACAUGUGUGAAAGGGAUGGGAGCCAGAAGGUUUCCCAAACUAGCUCUGAAACAAAAAAGGAAAAGAGAGAGCGACGAGAAAAGGACAGAACGAGUAGCAGGAAAAGUUCCCACCACCGCAGGACAGGCACGAGUCGCCAUGGUUCCAAGGACAAGAGCCGGAAAGCACCUUCCUUCCGGUCUGUAUCUGGAAAAACGAGAGAGGACAAAGGGAAAGGGCAUGGCAGAUUAAGGGGCAAGAGACACAGCUCCUCUCACAAAAGUGAGUCCAGGACUGGUCACAAAACCAGGAAGAACCGAUCACCAGCUGGCAUGGGGUCUGUGAGUAAGAGAGCUACUAAGAUUACAUCAUUUUUCAGGAGUUUCCUAAUAAGGCCUACUCCAAAAGCAGGGGACACCUCAUGUGAUAGAGGAGGGGUAGACAUCGUGACGAAGUUGGUAGAGAAGAAGCAGGACAUAGAGGCUGUGAUGGAGAAAAGCAAGGAUUUAGAGUUCAAUGAUACCGUAAUCUCUGAGACAAUGGAGAAGAUCAUCCUUGAAACCAAAUCCAUUUAAAUAAGAUGCAGAGCAGAAAGCAGCCCCAGAGACCAGGGUUCAGAGGAGCAGCAGGGAGCCAAGUCCAGCUUGCUUCCAUAAAGGCACUUUCAAUAAUAAAGGUUA